CAUCCGGCCGUCCCUUCCCGAACGAAACGGGCAAGUCAGAAAUGAGCUGCACCGGUGCACCCUCAAACGGUCGUCUCGUCUCCGCAAGUUCAAAAAUCAAAUCCGCUCCUCCCAUUUCCCCUCUCCCCCAAACUCCUCCUCGUCUCCUCCUCCGCUCCCCCAACCAAAUCCCCAAUUCCGCACCACCCCGAGCGCGGCGACGGAAGCAGAUCGCGGCGAUGGAAGCAGAUCCGGCCCCAUCCUCGACGCCGCCGCCCUCCUCCCCGGCGCCCGCGGCUUCUCCGUCCCGGCAUCCUCCAGGUGAGGAAGGAGGAGGGGCUGAGCGCGUGGAGGUGGAGGAGUACGUGGAUCCCCCGAGCCCAGAUUGCUGCGGCGGAGCCGACCCGGACCAUGCGCCGCCGCCGUCGCCGAAAGGUGAGGAGCCGGUGGUGAGCGCUGAGGAGGAGCAGGCGGCGGUUGCAGGAGGUGAAGGGGAGGCUCUUCGCAGCUUCUUGGAGGAAUUUGGAGACCAAGGGGAUGAUUCCCUUGUCCCGUCACCGAAGCUGAAGCAGAUAAACACCCCUGACCGCCUCGCUGCUCUUCGUUUUCUUGGGGGAAAGUAUAACAGCUUGUUAGAGAGGUACAAGCAGCAGGUGGCUAAGUGUGCCGAGGAGUGUGCGCCGAGGUACGAUGGCUUGAAGAAGAAGUACGCAGAUGAGUGUGCAGAACGGCGACGAUUAUACAAUGAGCUCAUUGAACUGAGGGGUAACAUCAGGGUUUUUUGUCGAUGCCGCCCUCUAAGCACUGCUGAGAUCUCCAAUGGGUGUUCAUCUAUAGUUCAGAUCGAUCCAUCCCAUGAGACUGAGCUGCAGUUUGUUCCAUCUGAUAAAGACAGGAAGGCUUUUAAGUUUGAUCAUGUUUUUGGACCAUCUGACAAUCAAGAGACUGUCUUUGCUGAAAGCUUGCCUGUUGUGCGGUCUGUCAUGGACGGUUUCAACGUAUGCAUCUUUGCAUAUGGACAAACUGGAACUGGGAAAACCUUCACCAUGGAAGGGAUUCCAGAGGAUAGGGGUGUUAACUACAGAGCAUUGGAAGAAUUAUUCAGGUUGUCUGAAGAAAGAAGCUCUUCUGUUGCCUACACAUUUGCUGUGAGCAUUUUGGAAGUCUAUAAUGAAAAAAUCAGGGAUCUUCUAGAUGAAAGCUCUGAGCAAACAGGAAGAAAAUUGGACAUAAAGCAAACUGCUGAUGGAACACAAGAGGUGGCUGGUUUGAUUGAAGCUCCAAUUUAUACUAUAGAUGGUGUUUGGGAGAAACUGAAAGUUGGAGCUAAAAAUAGAUCGGUUGGAGCAACUAGUGCCAAUGAACUAAGCAGCCGCUCUCAUAGCUUGGUUAAGGUUACCGUCAGGAGUGAGCAUCUGGUGACAGGGCAAAAGUGGAGGAGCCAUAUCUGGUUGGUCGACCUAGCUGGAAGUGAGCGUGUGAAUAAAACAGAAGUAGAAGGGGACAGGCUAAAGGAGUCACAGUUCAUAAACAAGUCGCUCUCUGCUUUGGGCGAUGUUAUUUCUGCCCUUGCCUCAAAAAAUGCACACAUUCCUUAUAGAAAUUCCAAGUUGACUCAUCUGCUCCAAAGCUCUUUAGGUGGGGAUUGCAAGACACUCAUGUUCGUGCAGAUAAGUCCAAGUUCUGCAGACUCGGGAGAGACUCUCUGCUCACUUAACUUUGCUAGUAGAGUUAGAGCUAUAGAUCAUGGCCCUGCUCGUAAACAAGCAGAUCCAGCUGAAACUUUUAAGCUCAAGCAGAUGACAGAGAAAAUUCGUCAUGAGGAGAAGGAAAAUGCAAAGUUACUUGAAAGCUUGCAACUGACGCAGCUUAAGUAUGCUUCUCGAGAGAAUGUCAUCAAGACACUUCAAGAGAAGAUAAGGGAGGCUGAACAAACGUCCAAAACUUAUCAGCAGCGGGUUAGAGAGCUAGAAAAUGAAUUAGCCAAUGAGAAGAAGGCUGCCAGGGAUACAGCUAGAUCAACAAAGCCACCACUUGCUCCUAUGAGGCAGAGACCACCUCUUGGAAGAAUUGGCAAUCACAUUCCACCUAAGGCUCCUCUUAGACUGAGGCUCAGUAAAGCACCCACAAUUCAAAAUAAAGAGAACAUUCCUGUCAUGUUGAACAAAGGAUCCUCUGGGGCUGAUACCAGCAAGGCUGUUGCUGGCAAGGCACGGCGAGUUUCUCUGACUCCUGUGAUUCGACACAUACCUCUGCAGCCCAAGAGGCGAUCCUCACUCGCGGUACUACCAACCCAGAGAGAACAGCUGUCCAUAUUUCCUGAUAAGAGAUCAGUGUCCCGUCUGUCCCAUAUUCAGAUGCCAAGGAGAUCAAUUGCAACAUUUAAUUCAAUUCCAGCAACACCAUUAGCAGCUGCUGCACAUAAACAGGUUGAUGGCACCCCAGAAGCACGGCAAUUGAGGAGAAUCGAGUUCAGCAGUAGCAAGUUCAGAAGCCCUCCAGCGCUGGCCAGGUUCAACUCAAGGAAUAACGCCUUGUCACCUCAGCAGAAGCUGCGGCUAGCAUCUGGCUCAGGAAAUGCCAGCAAAAUAUGCUUCAGUGUUCAGAAGAGAGUGAUCCUAGGUUCACCUGCUCCAGUGAAAAGCAGUCUGCUCUCUGGUACUGGCAUCUUCAAUCCAGCUCUGCGCGAGAAAAUGAUGGCGGCGAAAAUAGGGAAUGCGCAGCGCGUGUUCAACACCAACAGGAGGAAGUCUGUCCUCUGAAGUACCUUUUCCAGACCAGAACUGAAGACCAAUGUUUGGAUGUUCAAACAGUGAUGCAGAGUAGGAAUGUUGACGAUUACUUUGUUUAACCCGUUGAAAGCCAUCCAUCUGUACUCGUGGCUUUGUGUUGAUAAAAUGUCUGUGAUAAGGGUUGUACCCAUUCAUCAGUUCUUUUCUUAAAAUGAUUGAUGUUAGUGUUCCUUGAUAUUUUUUUAUUGUAUAAAUUCGUUACAGUUGCAGUAAUCCGGUUGGUACAGACCAUCUGUUA